ACCUAGGCUGGAUUUUGUACUGGAGGGGGCGGGGUUAAGACGGUGAUGUCAUGAACCUGUGGUGCAAGUGCAGCCGGAGAGGGGAGAGCGAGACAGGAGAGGGUGUGUAGCUUGUGCACAGGAUCACCUGGGCCGGAAACCUUCACAUCUGUACAAGGGGAAACGCUUCCACCGGAUCCGUUCCGACCGCCUCCAGGCCGGGGGGGACCGCAGUUAGGUAGGAGGGAAGAGAUGGGGAUGGUGUUACCCAGAAGCAGGGGGGGCAGCUGAUCAUCCAUUGCUUUGCGGCCUCCACCCAACACCUGCCCGUACUGAUGUCACAGGGAAGGAUCCGGCUCUCCCUCUGAUGAUCCGGAUGUUUUAUCAGUAGUUUCUCAACCAAAGAACAAGAUGAGUGUCACAUCAUGGUUCCUCGUCAGCAGCUCUGGCACACGCCAUCGGCUGCCACGGGAAAUGAUCUUUGUUGGACGGGAGGAUUGUGAGCUUAUGCUUCAGUCCCGCAGUGUGGAUAAGCAGCAUGCUGUAAUCAACUACGACAGUGAUAAAGAUGAGCAUCGUGUCAAGGACCUUGGGAGUUUAAAUGGGACUUUUAUAAAUGAUGUAAGGAUUCCUGACCAGAAGUACAUUACUCUGAAGCUAAGCGACAACAUACGUUUUGGCUACGAUAUCAAUUUAUAUGUCCUGGAGCAGAUCCAGCACCAGGUACCAGAAGAGGCACUGAAGCAUGAAAAAUACACCAGCCACCUUCAAAUGUGUUUGAAAACAUCUGCCGUUAGAGAAGACCAGUUUAAAGAGCAAGGUGCCCACGUGGACUCCUCCCAAGCAAAACAGGCUGACAAGAAAUCCACUAGUGAUGUUCCUGCAUACCGUACACCUUUGUACGGUCAGCCAUCUUGGUGGGGAGAGGAUGAUGAUCACAAGCUUGAAAAGGAAGGCAGAAGACAAGAUGAACACUACUCAGUAGAAAGGCCAAAAGAUAUGACUCAACAUGAGGAAGAAGUAAGUGGCAAUAUGAGCUACAGGGAUGCUCCGGAUCAGUGCGUGUAUCCAUUCAGAAGAGAACCAAGUUACUUUGAAAUUCCAACUAAAGAUUUCCAGCAGCCUGUAAAGCCCCCAGAAACCCAGGUCUAUGAAAUCCCUACUAAGGACACAGAUGUAGUGCCCCCUGUAACGCCCCCAGUCAUGCAGAGCCAUGCCUCUUUUACAAUUGAGUUUGAUGAUUGUCAACCUGGAAAAAUAAAAAUUAAAGAUCAUGUGACCAAAUUUUCAAUGAGGCAGAGGAAAACCGCUGGAAAGGAACCUGGUCCAACAGAUAUGGUGUCAGCAGAAAGUAAGGUGGCUGACUGGCUGGUUCAAAAUGACCCAAGUUUGAUUAGAAGGCCGUCUCCAGGAGAAGAUGUCUACAGUACCAAGAGUGAUCUUCCCAUUCAUAACAGAACUCUUAAAGGUAACAGGCAUGAAGACGGAACACAGAGUGAUUCAGAAGACCCCUUGGUGGCCAAACCUGAAAUCGAAAUUGGAACAACUGAUCAUCCACAGCUCCAGCGACAGAUCAAGCGUGAACCUGAAGAAUUGCUGCACAGUCAGCAGGCGUUUGUCAUAGAGUUCUUUGAUGAUGAUGCCCCUAGGAAGAAACGAUCCCAGUCUUUUACACACAAUGCAGACUCCCCUCAGAAUGAUACAGACCCAGUCCUUAAAGCAAAAGCUGACAAACGAAAGGGUACAUUACAAGUUGAAAAAGUAUCGACUAAUGGAACAGGCUCAUCUGCACCAGCAUCAAAAUCACUGUCAAGCCCUUCAUUUCCACAAAGAUCAAAUUCUUUUAGGCGAGAAAAAACAGAAGACCGCAUCUCUUCUGCACCUACAACAGCAAGGUUACCAGGGAAGAACUAUGGAAGUGUUGGGAAGAAAUCAAAGCUUGCCCAAGAAUUUGCUGCUGAAUAUAUGCAUGAACAAGCAGAGGUAUUUAAACAGGCAGCAGAAAAACCCAUGACCUUGCCUUUGUCUACAUCAAUAUUGCAGCAACCAGCCCCACAAGUGCAAAUGUCAAGCCAAGCACAAACAAUGCAGCUGACAUCUGAUGUAAGACCAGGAAAAAUGAAAAAUGAAGAAGAGGACAACCUGAGUGAUGCUGGAACAUAUACAAUAGAAACAGAGACACAGGAUAGAGAAGUUGAACAAGCAAGGAAAAUGAUAGACCAGGUCUUUGGCGUUUUUGAACCUGAUGAGUAUUCCAAGAUUUCAUCCACAGUUUAUAGGCCAGUCAUUAAAUUGGGAAAAGAGGAACCUUUUGCCAGUGAACCAAGUGCGCUCCACAAGCCGAUAAUGUCGUUGUCAACUCCACCGAUAAAACUAAGUAAUGGACUUCAGGCUGAAACUUUGAUUGAAAGAUCUGGGUCCAACUCCAAAUCAGGUCAGAAAUGGGUUUCCCGUUGGGCAAGUCUCGCUGACAGUUACCCCGAUGCAUCUCCAACAUCUCCUUUGGACAAUCAGAAGCAGGGUUUAAUUGCAGAUGAUGAAGACGUCAUUGAGCGUAUAGAGGUCCAAGGAGAAGCAGAUCCCACUGUGCCAUCAAGAACAAGGCGACUCCUUCCACAACUUCCUCCUGAAAAUUUAAUGCCAGCAAUUUUUGUUUGCCAAGAGUCUUUAUCAAGUGAAUCUCAGAGGAAGUCUGUGGAAGAACCAGAAAAAGGAAUCUCUGCAGAAAACAGCAGUUUAUUAUUAGUUCAGGAGGAACUGGAUCCAGACAGCCUUAGUGAUACAAGCAAGUCUGAUGAUGGUGUCAUAUCAGUUAGGAAGUCUGUCAAGGCUUCUAACACUUAUAGAAAUGGAUGGAAUGGAGAGGAGUUUCAUAGUAGGGAACCAUCUGUUCAAAGGACUUCAGUACCUUCUAGUGAAAAGAAAUCAACUUGUUUUUAUGUUGGAAAUGAUGAUGUUGGAAGUGUAAAACAAACAACCUCUGGACUGUCCUCUAAAGAUCUAAUUAAGAACCAAGAAAGCCACAUUAACCUGAAACCUAAUUUACAUUCAAGUGUUGAAACUCCAAGUUCAGGAAGGAUAGUUAAUCAGUUUCAUAAGAAAGAUAAUGGCUCUGCAAAAGAACCUCUUUCAUUUGUAAGGCAGGAAAGCUUUACCAAAGAGAAGUCCAGUAGCAAUGUUUCAUCAAAUAAGCUUCCCCAUAUUUCAACUCAUCCAUUGCUUAAAGAUUUAAGUGUUACAAAACCAAGUCAUGAUUACAGUCAGGAGACACGUCUAAUACUCAAAGAGACAGAAACGGCAUUGGCUGCUUUAGAAGCGAAGCUGUUUACACAGUCUCACCUUGAUGAAUUAGAAAAUACUCCUUGUUUACGUGAUGACUCCUUGUCAGGAGAAUCUGAUGUGGACACUGCCAGCACAGUUAGUCUAGUCAGUGAUAAAAAUGCACCAAGUCAUUCGCAGAAAAACCGAGUUGUAAACCUUCAGAAGGAAAAGUCCUCCUCCACAUCUUCUAUACAAGAACCGUAUUGUCAGCCAAGUGCUCGAGCACGACUUUCUGAGAAACGAAGGACAGUUCCUGCUGAUGCUGGAACCAGAAACAUAACUAAGCGGCAAGGGAUGACACGUAGCACUGGAGCACGUGGUUCGUUAGACUUUACAGACGAAGAAAGAUGUUCUAGUCUUCCUUAUAUGCCAGUUUCAGAAACUGUUUCAUCUGACUAUGAGAAUUCUUCUUCAAGGCAUAUUUCAAGGAGAAAACCAUUUGCUCAGACUUGCAAAGAUGAAUCCAGUAGAUCAUCAAAUGCACAAAAAGUUCAUCAGGCUCUUACACGGUCUAACAGUUUAUCAACUCCGAGGCCUACACGAGCCUCAAAACUGCGUCGUGCUCGUCUAGGGGAGUCAUCUGACAAUGAAUGUGCUGAUGUAGAAAGAUCAAAUAUAAGUCCAGGAACGUCUUCUGCCAACUCCUCUUCUGCUAAAAGUUCUACAGAACCUAAAAAGCCAUCUCGUCUAGAUAUCCUUGCAAUGCCAAGAAAACGAACAGGCUCAUUUAAUGUUCCAAGUGACUCUGAAACCUCUUCUUCAGUGCGAGCAAUGUUUUCAGGACGUAGCGUAGACCAAAGUUACACAAAUAGAAAGCCAGCUGUGGCAGAAAGCAAACAACCUCUUAAGAAACCUGUAGCACUUCCACAGAAGCAAACUCCAUCAAGAGCACGCUCAAGCAGUGUCAAGUAUUCCUCAUCUUCCACUUCACGAAGGAGGCAGCAGGGAUCAGAUUAUGUUUCUACAUCUGAGGAGGAGUGUGGCUCAAAUCACAGCACUCCUAAACACAAACACUCCCGUGCUUCAACAGCCACUCAGACUUCAAGGUCAAGCAGUGUGUCGCGACAUCACAAGUCCAGCAGUCGGCAGAAUAAGGAUGAGGAUGAGCAGGAAGUUUAUAACAACUUCAUGGCCCAAUCUGUGGAAAUUGCAGAAAUAGCCAGAUUGAGUCAAACCUUGGUGAAAGAUGUUGCCAGUUUGGCAAGAGAGAUUCACGAUGUAGCAGGAGAUGGAGAUUCUCAGAGCUCCUCAGGAACAGGACAGAGCACCUCAAUCAGUUCUGUGCCAAACACCCCAGCCUCGACCAUUUCAGCAAGGGAAGAGAUAAUUAAACGGUCCGUACAACGAACGUGCUCCUCACAGUUGGUCCAUCAUAUACCAGAAGCAAGUCUGAACUACCAGAAGAUUCCACCGGGUUCAACAGGCCUUGAAGACUUUGAUCAAAAUAUGAAUGACAGCAGAGAAGAUCCAUCAAAGAGACGAGCUAGAAACAUAGAAGAGGUGAUCUUUGACAAUCUUAUGCUGAAUCCUGUGUCUCAGUUAUCACACACAAUAUGCGCAAACACUGAGGUCCUUACAGAAAAAAUGAAAAUGUUAUUUCAGAAUAAAGAGAAGAACUGGGAAGAAAUUGAAGCAAAAAUUAACUCUGAAAAUGAAGUGCCAAUUCUUAAAACAUCUAAUAAGGAAAUCAGCUCUAUCCUAAAGGAGUUGAGAAGGGUUCAGAAACAAUUGGAAGUUAUAAAUGCGAUCAUCGACCGCUCUGGACAUCUAGAGGUUACGACAAGUAAUAAAAAGACAUCUUCCACUCUCCUGACUUCAAAUCCUUUACCCAGGACUACUUACAACUCAGCAGCCAGAACAGAGUCUCAGACUCCUGGCCAUUUGAGAAAUUACAUCCAUAAAUCCAGUUCCAGCUCCUCGAGAUCCCCGGGAUCCAGCUUCAGUAGAGAUGACGAAGAAACCUAUAUUGUUUGAUGGUUUCUUUUUGCUUCACUUUGUAUGUAAUAUAGCUUUGGUAUAGUAUUUGAGUGCUUGUGGUUUUCUGGGUAAAAAGCAGCAUCUGCAAAUUUCUUAUCGCAUUGCACAUAAUCUAUGCUGUGCGACUGAAUGUUUGUCAAAGAACACUAGCACUGUGGACCAGCACAUGUUCAGCAUAGAGGUAAAUUUACUUGAACUUUCUUUUUUUGUUGAUUUUUUAAAGCACAGAAUUUUAUUAUUUUCUCAUCGAUAUGUGCCAUAACGUUAUACCUGAAGUGCUGGAAUUAUCUGAUGUUACUGUGUCUGUCACUGAUGUUCUGUAUCUCUUGUAGCUUAAUUGCACUGAUCUGUCAUAUUUUAAUUUAAGACUGUUGUCGGGUGUGUGGAAGAGUUACUAACUAAGGAUUGUGAUCUGUUUCUUGCCAAAAUAGAAUCAACCCUUUUCUGUACAUUUAUAAAGGCAUUAAGCCACGUGUCACUGUUGUAUAGAGGCAUUCAUAGUGACUGUACAUUAGAAGCAUUUUCUGUCCUUAUAUUGAAAGAAAAGUUUAUUUAUUGCUGUUUCCACUGACAUAUUGGUUGUCGUUUGUGUAUAAAAGUUCAGUGUUUAGUGUCUUUUGAGAUAUUUGUCUUCUCUGAAUAGGUUGUCAUCGGAUUUCAGAGCAAUAAAUGUGUUCUGAUGGGGAAAAACGGUCACUGGCUCACUCUGCCAGCGUAUGUAUGUGGUUUAUUCUUUAAGCACAUGUGCUAUUUACAUACCCGGUACAUUGAAAAUCGCCAAGCUGCUGGUUAACAAACAUAUAAUUGGGUCCUUAAAAUUUAGGACCAUUGCACUAGGGGCUUAAAAUUUCAAACCAUUUCAAAGACAUUUAUUACUAAAGGACGCUUUAAUUCAUCUUGCUCAGGCUUCCGUAUAGUUACGUACUCUUGUGCUUGCCAUUGUGAUACUACGUGUCGUUCUACUGGUUAUUAAGGAGAUCUAAAUAGUUAAAUUAGUAUUCAUACUCAUGGGUAAUAUUUUUUGCUUUCUACAUAGCUGUUCACUGACCUCUCCAAGAUUGUCGGUUCUUGAUUAUGUAUGCAGGAACCUGUUAGCUGAUGUAUGUUAGGUGAGAUACCUAUGCUUUCCAAAGAAUGUGUUUUGCAGAACCAAAUCACAAAUCGGGUCAUGUUUUACAUUUGAAGCAGUAUUGGCUUAGGAACAUUACUUGAACCCCUGUACUUGAGAUAGCUGACCAUGCCACCUCAGUUAAACCUCAGACAAAUGAUGGUUAUUCUUUUAUGCUGUUCUUGGAGUGUACCAAGCUAAAAUCCUCAAAUCAAGAAAUGUGGGCCUUUUUUUUUUUAAAUGUUUCUUAAUGUCGUAAUCAUGACCACUAUCAUUGAUCCUUUCGACCUGCUAAGACUUCCAAAUCCAAAUUGUUGCCCUACAUCCCUACAGGUUAAGAUAGGUAUUAAAUAUAACUAGCAGCUCGGGUUGUAGUUGCAGGAAAAAGGAAUUCAGAGAAUACACAUGUUUAAACCAGAUCCACAGGUGCGGAUUUCUCCCCAGGGCACCCGGAGGCCAGCGUCCUCAAUAUCCCUAGCUGUUAGCAAUAUAAACAUGAGCUGUAUUUCAGUAAUUGCUGAAUGCAGUGUUGGAAUUGUUCUCUAGUAGAAAUACAUUUUCCUGCUUAGAUUACAGAGGUCUUUAACAGUCAUGUAAACAUUCUUGCAAAAGGAAAAUAAGAAAAACCUAAAGAAGGUUGUGCAGCCUGUACAUAUGGUAUUGUGAUAUCACAGUUUUAGGCUAAUGCUCUAAUACAGCCCAAUAGAACAAACCCCAAAAAAACUUAAGCUUUUGACUAGCCUUUACAUGAAAGCAGCCUCCAUAGUAUUCUUUAAUCCCCAAAUGUUGUCUUAGAUUUUGCUCUGUGCUCAGGACAGUAAAAGACAAGUCUGCUUUUCUGAGCAGCGUUUCCUUAUAGACGGAGUAUUUCAAUGAACAGUUUCUGGCUGAGGGCUGUGGCAAUAAUGGCCAUAAUUUAGCAGAUUGCAGAAUAUCAGAGAGAAGAUGAAGCCAUUGUAAUUCCAUUUCAUUCUGAGUAUUUAAUUUUUACAAAUCUGAUCAUACACAAAAUAAUACGCUAUUGGUUUGUUCAGAAAUGGCUUUUUUUUUCCAAUCAUGAUGGUCAUUGUUUAUCAAGCUUAAGUCCAUGAAUAACUUAUUUUCUUGUGGGGUGUGAACACUAAUUGUACUAAUUUUUCCAUUAUUGUGUAUGCAAAAAAAAAAAAAAAAUGCUUUAUACCAUCUGUUUAUUUAACGUGUU